UCCCAACUCUUUCAAGAUGAAUUCAUUACAAAAAUGAGAAUGGAUGACUCAUAUCCAUGCAAUGGGUUGGAACAAAGGAAUCUUCCUUCAAGUGAAAGGACUAUCUUCUUAACAUUUUCUAAAGGUUAUCCCAUUUCUUAUGAGGAGUUGCGCGAUUUUCUCUCCGGCAUAUUUGGAGAUAUAAUUGAGGAACUAACAAUGCAAGAAGUUAGUGAAAAUGAACAACCUCUUUAUGCUAAGCUUGUGGUGCGUAAUGCAAUAGCCAUGGAAGCUGUUCUUAGUGAGGAAGGCAAGACCAAAUUCUCCAUCAAUGGCAAGCAUGUUUGGGCAAGGAAGUUCAUCAAUAGGCAAAAUAAUAAUGAUGAUAAUUAUCCUAAUUAAUUACCUUUGUUUUAAUAAAUAAUAUCAUAUAUAGUA